AUGAUCUGGGCGAGCGGAAGGGCUAUCAAUCUUGUUGACAACAACAAGACCAGACUCCAGAGCCUUCUUUCGGACAAAUCUUGUCUGCCUCAACAGAAUCCACCUACAAGAAGACGACUGAGCUGUGCUAAUUUACUGUUUAAGGCAAAUCUGGGAAAGGAAAUCUACUUCACUCUUAACAAUUAUGGUAAAAUAGGUUAUUUUUGUCUUCACGUAGAAAUCCUUUAUGUGUUCUUGACUGACAAAACGACGCCGCUCCUCUCCUUCGUUAAUACCAAAUCCCUCUACUACUAUCCGCUUCAUUCUCUUCCCAUGGCGUUGAACAGCAUGCUCCGGCACCGCCUCUUCUCUCGCUUUGGCUCAACCCAGGCCGGCCCGAGCCGAUGGACGAGCCCGGGACACCAAGAGAAGGCCAAUGGCUACCUAUUCAACCGGACUCCACCACCACCGGGCCAGUCUCGCAAAUGGGAAGACUGGGAGCUUCCCUGCUACAUUACAAGCUUUUUGACGGUCGUGAUUUUGGGCGUUGGCCUUAAUGCUAAGCCUGAUCUCACCAUCGAGACCUGGGCGCACCAAAAAGCCCUUGAACGCCUGCAGAUGGAGAAAUCUGACUGAUCGAUUGAGUGAGUGUUUGGCUUUGGCGAUCUUAUGUGUUUUAAUCUUUGUUGAUAAGAAUAAGGGCUUUUUAUGAAACCUGGUUAACUGGUUAAAUUUCAACAACUUUAUUACUAUUUUGCAUCUA